AUGUUUCUGUUCGGAAACACUGUUGCGUUCUGGGUCUUCGAGACGUCAGCUGCCUGGUAUCGGAUAGGACGCUGGCAGCGCUUCUUUUGCAGAAUCUUCUGGAAAUCCAAGCUGGAAGACGUGGAGCAAGCGCGACUGACAAGGGAAUCUGUCAAGGUCUCCAAAGUACUGCCACUGAAGGCCGAAUUCUGGAGUAUAUUCCCCCUUGCUUGCACGUAUGCUGCUGCAAGGUUAUACUUGAUCGUGGAGGCUUUCGUUGGGCUAAGAGCUUUGGAAGUCAGCGCUUAUCGCACUGUGGAUUGGACGACAUUUCUGCCUCACCUCUGA